GAUUUGUUCACACCUGAUGUUCUAUCCGCUGCGUCUCUGUCGGGAGGAGCUUGAGAGGGCCGGAAACCCUCGAUUCUGGCGGUACCGUUAACGCUGGGCGGUAUAGAGUUCUCGCAAGGAAAAGGCGCGUAACACAAUUCACCUAUCUCAUCUUUCUGGCGCCAGCUUCUUUUACUAGGAGCCCGGCGAUUCAAUCCCAAUCCAGAGGGAUGAAUCUGCAUUGAUUUCACACCGACUUCAUUUUCUUCAAAUUUUGUGGAUUGUAUGCUAACUCCCAUCGCGCGCACCUACCUUCGCAAGAUUCAAUGACAUUUAUCUUGUAAAACAUGAAGACAAGAAGCUUUGCUGCUGGCAUAACUAAACCGAGUUCCCUACUGGCACAGACAAAAAUGCCCAUUUUAACGUUUUGUCAUUCUAAGUCGAUUCCUUCGUUAACUCUACAGCUACCUUGUAACUGCAUGAGAAGAAUGGGUUUGAUUACGCAACUUAAGUGUUCUGUUGCUAAUAGAACGUUGACUUCUAGCUCUGUAGCUUCACCCACAUCCAAACCAGACUCCCCCCGCUUGAACAGGAAGCAAGGGCGUUCAUCUUCAUUGUAUAGUCGUCCUAGUUUAUCAGACAUGAACAAAGAGAGGAUGGCAAACCGUGAAAAGGUUUAUGCAUUCUUGCGGGGGAUUGGUAUUGUUCCUGAUGAGCUUGAUGGCCUGGAACUUCCAGUGACAGUCGAAGUUAUGAGGGAACGAGUAGAUUUUCUUCACAAUUUAGGGCUUACAAUUGAAGACAUCAACAAUUAUCCGUUAGUUCUUGGCUGCAGUGUCAAAAAGAAUAUGAUUCCCGUCCUUGAUUACCUUGGUAAAUUGGGAGUCAGGAAAUCUACAUUCACGCAGUUCUUGCGGAGAUACCCACAAGUUCUUCAUGCUAGUGUUGUUGUUGACCUCGAGCCAGUGGUCAAGUAUCUUCAGGGGAUGGAUAUCAAGCCCAAUGAUAUUCCCCGGGUUCUUGAGACGUAUCCAGAAGUGCUAGGAUUUAAGCUUGAGGGAACCAUGAGCACAUCAGUUGCUUAUUUGGUUGGCAUUGGUGUUGGAAGAAGAGAAGUUGGAGGGGUUCUAACAAGAUACCCUGAGAUUUUGGGAAUGAGAGUUGGUAAAGUAAUCAAGCCUUUUGUGGAAUAUCUGGAAAGCUUGGGGAUUCCAAGAUUAGCAAUUGCAAGAAUAAUAGAGAAGCGACCUUAUAUUCUUGGCUUUGGAUUGGACGAGAAGGUGAAGCCAAACAUUGAAGCUCUUGAAGAGUUCGAUAUUAGAAGAGCAUAUCUACCCUCUGUCAUUGCGCAGUACCCUGAUAUAUUGGGAAUGGACUUGAAGCCAAAGCUUGAGAAUCAAAGUAAUUUACUUAAAUCUAUGCUUGAUUUGGAUUCUGAAGAUUUUGGUAGAGUUGUUGAGAAGAUGCCACAGGUAAUUAGCCUCAGUAGUGCGCCUAUGUUAAAGCAUGUUAAUUUUCUUAAGGAUUGUGGGUUUUCCUUGCAACAAAUGAAGACGAUGAUUGUUGGAUGCCCUCAACUUCUUGCCUUAAACAUUGACAUCAUGCAACUUAGCUUUGGUUACUUUCAAAAGGAGAUGGGGAGGCCUUUAGAAGACUUGGUUGCUUUCCCAGCCUUCUUUACGUAUGGUCUGGAGUCAACUGUGAAACCCAGGCAUAAGAUGGUUGCCAAGAAGGGAGUGAAGUGUUCCCUUGCAUGGAUGCUUAAUUGCUCGGAUGACAAGUUUGAGCAACGAAUGGAUUAUGACACUAUUGACAUGGAGGAAAUGGAAAUGGGACCAUCAUUUGACAUGAAUUCACUGAUGGAGCCAAGGAGCGACGAGUCAGCUUCUGAUUAUGAUGACAGUGAUGAUGAUGAUGGAUAGAGUAACCAGAUUUCUGCCCGACCUGGUAAGAUUUUUGUGCUUCCCAGGGAGGAUCUUUCUGUAAAGGGGAAUUUCUACCUCAGAAGCAAUUUGAUUGUUGAAUCGUAAUUCUUAUGCUUGUCAUCUACGCGGUGCGGUAUUCGAUCUGGUUCUUCAAUGCUUCUUGUUUCCUCUUCCUAUAUGUUCAUACCCUUUAUUAUAUACAGAGACGCUGUAUUUCUUGGUAUAAUUCUAAAUUCAAUUCAAGGAUACAAAA